UCCCCGCCCCCUCCCAGCCUCCUCCACACGCGCGCCGGGCAGAUCUGAGAUCAGACCGCGCGGAACGAGAGUAGGUCCAAAUCAGCUCGGUGCGCGCGCACGUGUGGCCCGGUUUCUCGUGCUGUGGACAGGGGAGCCGCUCUCCCCCCGCACUGCCGUUCUUUAAUGAGCGGCUUCGGGCUGUGCUGUGCGAUGUUCAUGGACCGAAGCAUCCUGAGGGGGGGCCCCUCCUCCUCCAGUCCCAGUUUGCUGAUGAAAAGCCUCUCUCUGGAGCCAACCUGCUCCUCUUGUGGCCACCAAGGGGUACCUGAUGCUGUCCCUCCCCAGGAGUCAUGCUCUGGCCUGGGGCCUGAUGUAGUCUUGUCAGGCCCAGCAUCCCUUGAACAGGGUGGGGAGCUGGUAAAGUUGCCACCCGUGAACAGCGCUGGGCCACCAGAGCUGCCUUCCCCCGCAUUGCUGAACCGGAACAAGCCUGUGCUACUUGGACCUAAACCACAGGUGCCACCGAAGCCAGCCCACCUUCAACAGCAAGCAGGACUUUCAAAGCCACGCCCGCGAAUGUAUGAUAAGCCCCUCCCACCUCCACCUACUUGCAGACCCCUGCACGCAGAUCUUCAAGGAUGCAGGACUUUGCAGACACAUGGAGAUGGAAUGGCGUCCCCCACCUGCGUGCUGUCACUCAUCGAAAGGUUUGAGCGAGAGCAGAUUAUCGUGGUUCCUGACAUCACUGCGGGAGCUUUAAGUGCUCGCUCACUGGAACCUACCUCAUCCCUGCCUUUUUUACAACCAUUGUCAUCGUUGCCCCCCCCCCUUCCUGAGAAUGAGCCGCCAAGUGAGGGAACAGAAAGUAAUGAUAUAAUGCAGCUUGAUGACGGUGAGAGAGAAGAGAGCGCGCUGCAGGUUAAUGAAGAGGAUGAUGAGAAGGAUGAAGAUUUGGCUACUGCAUGUCUAGAUGGCGUCUGUCAGAAACAUCUGUCCAUAGAGUUGAGUUACAGCACUUCAGAAACACACCUGGAUGCUCAUGUGGUCACUAUGGAGAUAAAUGAUCAACUGCUGCAGCCAGCGGCGAUUCUCAACCAAUCGGAGCUGCUCUCUGAGAGUAUGUCCCUCCCCUACUUGCAGACAGAUGGAAAGGUAGCCAAUCGCGACAGUGGCAUUGACAGCAUCAGCUCACCAUCGCACAGUGAGGAGCUUUGCUUUACUAGUGUGGAUGAUGGAGGCAUGGUUUAUCCAUGCAGCCCCACCUUCAUACUGCGCCCCUCUAGCUCAUCCUCUUACACAUGUGAAGAAAGGGAGGUGAAAGGGGGGGGCCGGAAGAGACGAGAGUUUUCUGAGGAGGGAGACAGCGAUCUGGAGGAGGAAGUAGAGGUCACAUUAGUGAUGGAGACCCCUAAGACAGACAUGCAAGACUCUGUUGAGUUGUCUGUCCACCAGAGAGUCUUCAACAUCGCCAAUGAACUUCUGCACACUGAGAUCUCAUAUGUGUCCAAGCUCCACCUGUUGGACCAAGUUUUUUGUGCCCGACUCCUAGAGGAGGCUCGGUCCCGCUCAUCCUUUCCCAAUGAUGUGGUUCAGGGAAUCUUCUCCAAUAUUUGCUCCAUCUACUGUUUUCAUCAGCAGUUCCUGCUGCCAGCUCUGCAGAAACGAAUGGAAGAGUGGACCACCAACCCUCGGAUUGGUGAUAUUCUACAGAAGCUCGCUCCUUUCCUAAAGAUGUAUGGAGAGUAUGUGAAGAAUUUUGACCGGGCUAUGGAACUGGUGAACAUUUGGAUGGAGAGGUCAACUCAGUUCAAGGCCAUCAUCCAGGAGAUACAGCGGGAGGAGCGCUGUGGAAACCUGACCCUGCAGCACCAUAUGCUUGAACCAGUCCAGAGGAUUCCUCGCUAUGAGCUGCUGUUAAAAGACUACCUCCAUCGACUGCCUGAGGACGCACCAGACCACAGUGAUGCUCAAAAGUCUCUGGAGCUGAUUGCUACUGCAGCCGAACACUCCAAUGCCGCAAUCAGGAAGAUGGAACGCAUGAGGAAGCUUCUGAAGGUGUACGAGCUGUUGGGUGGAGAGGAGGACAUUGUUAAUCCAACGAACGAGCUGCUCAAAGAGGGACACAUCCUCAAACUGUCCAACAAAAAUGGCACCACUCAGGACCGAUACCUGAUUCUGUUUUAUGACCGGCUGCUUUACUGCGUCCCUAAGCUCCGGCUGAUUGGUCAGAAGUACAGCGUGCGUGCACGCAUUGACGUUAAUGGCAUGGAGCUCAAGGAGACCAGCAGCCCUGCUGUUCCCAGGACCUUCAUUGUGUCUGGAAAGCAGAGAUCCCUGGAGCUGCAGGCCCGGACGGAGGAGGAAAAAAAGGAAUGGAUCCAGGCCCUGCAGGCUGCAGUCCAGCGCCAUGAACAGACCCCGGACAGCUUCCGUCCUCUGAGCUGCUCACUGCGAGAUGACGAAACCACGCCCCCCCACUCCCCGAGCUGUGUGGAACUGGGAAAGAGAGCCCCCACCCCAAUUAGGGAGAAGGAGGUGACCCUAUGCAUGAAGUGUCAGGAGCCCUUCAACUCCAUCACCAAGAGACGGCACCACUGCAAGGCCUGCGGACACGUGGUUUGUGGAAAGUGCUCUGAGUUCCGUGCACGUCUAUCAUACGAUAAUAACCGCACUAACCGAGUGUGUGUGGACUGCUACAUUAUGCUGGUGGGCGUGUUGCCAGGGGCGCUGAGUGGCAGUAACCAGAGGAGGCGAUCCAUUCUAGAGAAACAGGCCUCGCUGGCGGCAGAGAACAGUGUUAUCUGCAGCUUCCUUCACAUCAUGGAGAAGGGGGUGGGGCGGGGCUGGCAGAAAGCAUGGCUAGUCAUCCCUGAGAACGAGCCACUGGUGCUCUAUGUGUAUGGAGCUCCACAGGAUGUGAAGGCCCAGCGCAGUGUGCCUUUGAUUGGCUUCGAGGUCUCCUUCCCUGAGCCAUGUGACCGCCUAGACAGAAGACAUACUUUUAAGAUCUGCCAAAGUCACCUGACCUUCUACUUCAGUGCUGAGGGGGAGGAGCUCCAGCGCAGGUGGAUGGACGCCCUCUCAAGGGCUGGAAAAGGGGAAGAGCCUCUGAUCCACCAGCCAAUUGCUGAAAGCCUUGAGGAGGAAGGGGAGGAGCCUGUUGCUGAGCCUAAUGGAGAAGACUUCUGAUUUAGGAUUAUUGAUGAUGAUGAUAAUAGUGAUGGUGGUGCUAGUGUCACUGAAAUAUUUCCAGAACCAAACAAAACCUAACAUAAUUAGCCCAGAAUAAAUCUGGCACCAAGCAUACCCAGAUUUAAAUCACAAAGAGUCAUACCAAAUUGUAGAAUUUGUCUUUACCUGUAGGCUGAGCUUCAACACCUUACCUUUUUUGCAGUUCAUCAUUUUUUUUAAAGGCGUCUCUUACACUGUUUUAUACUUGUGACUCUGAUUCACUGGAUUUGUUUGAGUCCUAAAAGUUUAAAAAAAAAUAGACCUCCAAGGGGCACUGCUGCAAUCCUCAUCAAUGAGAUGUCCACCAGACCCUUUCUACACACGUGGACAAAAUUAUUGCGACCCUGUGGUCAAUGAAAGAAAAACUCAGAAUGGUGAAGAAAUAACUUGAAUCAGAAAAAAGUAACAAAUAAAAAAUUCUAUGAAAUCAACUGAUAUUCAGAGAAAAUUAUUUACAACAAUCCAUCUUCAGAACUUGUGCAGCCUAUUUACAAAAAUAAAAUCUUAAAAUAGACCUGAACAAAACGGUGGCACCCUUAACUUAAUAUUUUGUGGCUUUUGAGGAUAUCUUUGCAAUCAAACAAUUCCUGCACCUUUUGACAGGUGUUUUGAUCUGCUCCUCGUGAACAAACUGCUUCAGUUUUCUCUGGUUUAAAGGGUGGCUUUUCCAGAUGGCAUGUUUCAGCACCUUCCAAUUAAGUCUAAUAGUAUUUGGGUCAGGGCAUACUGAAGACCACUGUAGAAUAGUCCAGUGUUUUCCUCUUGAGCCGAGCUCAGUGCAUAUUACACAGAGCUGUGUAGGUAUGCUGUGGUUGAUUCAGUGGAAUGAGAGUCAGGUGUGAAGCAUACAGGAAAUGCGGUUAGAACUGUGGAUAUGGUUCCGGAUGGUGACCAGAGGGGGGAGACAGAGUUCUGACUUCUGACAAUUAUCCAUUUCUGUAAUUUGUCAUCAAUGUUCCUUCAAUAAUAUGUGUAACUGGAACAUCAAGCUGCUUGGAAAUGAUCUUAUAGCUUUUAUCCAUCUAUAUUUAUUACUGGAUUGGCCUUAACCUAUUUGCUGUUGUACACCACACACUGUUCCAGUUUAGGACAGGCAGGCAUCACAAAAAUCAGACUGAAGUGGCUCCCUCAUUUCUUAACCUAUUUUCACAAAACAUACCUUGAAGUAGAACUUGGAAAAUUAUUGUUCUUGUGUUAUAUUAAAAUAUUUGCUGUCUCUAAAGAUUAAUCUGUGAAUAGUGCAAGAACUGUGCCUUCUAGUGUUAACAGGUAACACAUUGGUGUCGAAUUAACAGCUUUUAAAUGUUGGUGAUUUUUUCUUUUGCCUAAAUACCAGAAUCUAUAUACUGAGCUUGUAAAUGCUUGUCACCCAAACCCAGAAAGGAGGGGGGAGGGGGGAUUGUUGAAGUUCAAUUGCACAAAUGGCUUUUAAACACUACAGCUUUUGUUUUCUUUUAUUAUUUUUGCAUUACAAAUAUGUCAGAUAUAUCUCAAUACCAUUCAAAAAUUAAAUUCAAAUAGAUAUUUUCAUAGGCCUUUGAAAAUAAAUAGCUUUGUGUUCUCAACAGAACACAUAUUGUGCUUCUGCAGCAGAGAUGUGUGUAGACGUGCAGUAUGAUGCACAUCGUAGGUGAAAUUCUGCUGACAACAGGAUGGCAGUUAUGGAAUCUGAUGUUCGCAGAAGUCUGCCAAGAUCUUUGAGGUUUACUAGAGUGAACGCUUCUGCUAAUCUUUUAGAUGGAGCACUUGGCAGAAGAUUUCCUCUACAAGAUACUUCUUUGGAAGAUUUCUUUACAAUCCAACCUAUAUAAAAAAAAUAAACACUGCAAUUUAUAAGACAAACUAUGGCACAACUUCAUAUAAUGCUGUAAGAAUAAGCAUGGAAAACUUUUUUUUUUUGGUCCAAUGAUUGGUCACUUGUCAAAGACAAUCCAGUUCAUUAGUUAAUGAAAAUAUAGCAAAUUAUGGAGUUAUGAAGUCAUAUUAAGUUUUGGCUAUGACGAAUCUGUAGAACAUUUAAGAAAGCAGGAUAUUGUUAACAAUUUGCGAUCAACUGGUCCACUAACUGCUGUUUAAUAAGUUUUAUACAGAUCUGUAAAUUACGAGCAAAGUCGUUUGCUUAGUUAGUAGAAUUUAGCAGCGUGGAUUUAAACUAGUCUAAUACAGUCUUCAGCUACAAAGCUGUUUGUAAAGGUAAUUUUAUUCCUGCACUACAACCCCAACAUCUUUUGAAAACAGCAAGUUUGUCAAAUUCUGAGGUAAUAAACAGUAAAGUAAAAUAUUAAAACAUAUAACAUCAAAAAAUGUAGAAUGAUGUCCCAAACUGGCAUGCUAGCACUCACUUUAGCAGCAACUUCACACCUCAUUUCUCUAUUACAAUGUGAUUACUAUCCUGUGAAAGGUGAUUUCUCUGUGAUUAUUUUCUUGGAAUCAUUUUUGCAGUUGAUUGCAAAACAUUGCACCCCCUUGUGUGAUUCCUUGCGUUCUUGUUUGGACCUAUUUAUUAAUUCGCUCAGCAAGAUGGGCAAGACUCAAUGGUAGAUUUUUACAAAGUGUUGCUUAAGUAAUGGUGCAUGUGUGUCAUGUCGUAUGUCACCUGAUGGCUGAUACAGUAAUAUUUAUCGAUGCCUAUGUCGUUGACAUGCUUGACUAUAAUUUUCCUUGUAAUCUCCUUGGACAAGUCAUUCCUUCACUUCCUCUGGUCCAUGUUGAAUGUGGUACACACCAUGUCACCAAACAGCACAAUUACCACCUGUAGCCUUUUAUAUAGACCCACUGACUGAUUACAAGAUUGAAGACACCUGUCAUGCUGAUUAUUAGACACACCGUGGAGCAAUAUGUUUCUUUGUUUACAUUAUUUUCUUUUUUGGCUAGUGAUACCAUUAUUUUUGUCCAGUAUAUGUUGUAUAUGUUUUUUUUCUUGUAAAUAAUUCUGUUAAAGCAUGGUUGAAAGGGGUUCCGGUGACGUCACUCUACCGAAUGGCAGCUUAACGCAGUAGCUCUCUCUAUUUUAUCGUCUUCACCCCGUAAAAACAUCAGAUUCUUCUAAGAAAAGGUCGUAAAAUAGCAUAGGAAUAAGUGGGGGGAACAUGGGGAAAAAAGAAAAGCAGAAAAGGCCGACAGGGGAACGCACAAAUGAGGAAAAUGCCGCGGCGGCGCCACCAACACAACAACAACAAGAAGCUAAUGCUAUGGUUAACCCAAAGAAAGGGCCCGACUCAGCGUUAGCCACAAUACUCGGGGAAAUACGCGAUUUCCGCCGAGAAUUCCAAGACUUCAAUUCGGAUUUGGCAAGUAUCAGUAACAAUAUAGCCGAAGCGGAGACCCGAAUUGAUAAAGUGGAAGACCGAGUACAAAACGUGGAGCAUGUAAUGUUAAAGAUGCUAAAGAUUGUUGGCGAACAGGAAGAGAAAAUUGUGGACCAGGAGAGUCGGGCCAGGAGAAAGAAUUUAAGACUCUACAAUGUUCCCGAGGGAGCAGAGGGAUCCUCCAUGCAGGAAUUUGUGGAGAAAACAUUAAAAGAUUGUUUAAAUCUCUCUCAAGACACCAAUCUGGGCAUUGAAAGAUCACAUCAGGCCCUCGGUGCAAAGAGGAGUGGAACAGAAACUCCCCGCUCGAUUCUGAUAUGGUUUGGCAGCUUCACAACCAAAGAAGAUGUUUUACGCAAAGCCUGGGCAAAAAAGACUGUUCUUCUGAACGGAAGAAAAAUACAUUUUGACCAGGUUUAUGCCCCAGCCGUUCUAUGGAAACGGAAGGACUAUGCUGAAGCAAAAAAGGCUUUAAAACAAAAAAAACAUCAGAUUCCAGACGCCAUAUCCAGCCAAACUGAGGGUCUUCUACCAGGAUGGAACUGCGAUCUACUCUACUCCGGAGGAGGCUUCCAGGUCAGCGAUGUUACACCAAGGGAAACCCUGACGGAGCAGUUGAUCCCUAUAAUGCUUCAGACAUUCAACUGGGUGUUAAAGAAAUCCCAAAUACCACCAAGUUGGAACGAUGCCAUUAUUUCUGCCAUUCCCAGAGAAGGUAAAGAUAAAUUUGAGUGUGGCUCAUAUAGACCAAUCUCCGUCCUUAAUAUAGAUUACAGACUGUUUAGCUCAAUUAUGGCUAGGCGAAUGGAGGAAUUCUUACCCAAUCUGAUAAGUAACGACCAGACUGGAUUUAUAAGAAACCGGCAGACACAAGAUAAUAUACGUAGAACCCUGCAUAUAAUAGAGCAGAUACAAAUAUCUAAAAAAUAAAGCUAUGCUCAUGAGUAUAGAUGCGGAAAAAGCAUUUGACUCAGUAAAUUGGGACUUUCUGUAUAGAGUAUUGACUAAAUUUGGGUUUAAUAACAUAAUUAUUGAAACAGUGAAGGCUCUGUAUGCCAAUUCCACGGCAAGAGUUAAAGUUAAUGGUUACCUCUCAAACAGCUUUACUAUCCAGAGAGGAAACAAACAAGGUUGCGCCUGGUCUCCACUUUUAUUUGCCUUAUAUUUAGAGCCACUGGCACAAUCAAUUAGACAAAACAAGGACAUUAAAGGAAUAAACAUCCAAGGAAAGGAACACAAACUCGCGUGUUACGCAGAUGAUAUAUUAAUAUAUUUAGAACAACCUACAAAAUCUUUACCUGAACUGAUGAAUCUGUGCAAACAUUUUGGAAACUUAUCUGGGUAUAAAAUUAAUAUGGACAAAACUCAAAUACUUGCUUACAUUCCUCCAGCCGUUUUGGCGGCGCAAUACCCAAUGAGAUGGCAGACAAAAUCAAUAAAAUAUUUAGGUGUAAACAUACCUAAAAACCUGAAUAAAUUAUAUGAGGAAAAUUACUUCCCAGUACAUAAGAAGAUAGUGGAGGAUGUAAAACGUUGGAACUUGAUUCCUUUUUCUUUCUUUAUAUUCAAGAAUUGAAUCCAUCAAAAUGAAUAUUUUACCAAGAUUACUCUAUCUUUUCCAGACACUACCUAUAAAUAUCCCUCAAAACCAAUUUCAUGAAUGGGAUAAAAUCAUAUCUGGGUCUUUUACCUCCCCAUAUGAAACCUGAGUUCGCCUUAAAACGCUACAAUUGCAUAAAAAUGACGGAGGGUGGGGCCUGCCUUCUCUAAAGGAUUAUUUUCGAGCAGCUCAAAUGAAAACGGUGAUUAACUGGUGUGAUGUGAACUGUAACGCUAAAUGGAAAGACAUGGAGGAAAAUUUGAUCACUAUUCCCAUACAAGCAGUUCUGGUGGACUCAAAUAUCCAAAAACAUAUUGACAAUAUUUGCAAUCCGUGGGUUAAGUGUACACUCUCUAUAUGGAAAAACGUAGUUAAAGAAUUAAAACUAGAAAACGAUCUCUCAAUAUUCAAAUGGUAUGCCUACGAUUCUAAUUUUGCCCCAAACAAAUUGGAUUCACGUUUUAAAUAUUGGUCCACCAAAGGGCUAUCAACAUUUGGAAGCUUGAUUAAGGAUGGCAAGGUAAUCAGUUUUGAAACGUUGAAAGAAAAAUACAGUUUGAAAAAGCAGGACUUUUAUAGAUACCUACAAAUAAGGCAUCAUAUAAACACAAAGAUUGGAGUAAAGGUUGAAACUAAAGGAGAUCUGGUUGACAUAAUUACAAAGGCAUAUAAAGGUGAUGUUAUUAGAAAACAUAUUUCUGCUCUGUAUGCGUUUUUGAUAAGCAAGAAUCCUCACUCGACUGAAUAUGUGAAGACAUUGUGGGAGAAAGAGGCCGGAGUGAACAUAACACCGGACGAAUGGACAUCAAUAUGGAAACAACAAUGGAAAUGUACCGCUUCACAAAGAUGGAGAGAAUAUGGAUGGAAAAGUCUGAUCAGAUUCUUGAUCACACCAAUUCAGAAGACUCAUUACGAUGGAAACCCUUCGUUAUGUUGGAGAAAAUGUGGAAACCAAAGAGCACAUCAUGUUCACAUCAUGUGGGACUGCCCUCUCAUCAAACCAUAUUGGAUUGAGGUUCAUAAAACACUGCAAAAGAUUUUAAAUGUACAUUUCCUUUUGAAAUUAAGACUUUAUUUUGGAUGUAUGCCACAGGAAUGGUCUAAACAAGAUAAAUGCUUGAUGGGAGCCCUGUUGGUUGCAAGCAAAAAGUGCUUGACUAAAAAUUGGCUUUCCCAUUAUGUACCAAGUUUAACGAUAUGGUGGGAAUUAACAUUAGAAAUAUAUAAAAUGGAAGAACUAACGGCACACUUGAACAAUAGAGAAAACUGGUUUAUGUUAUGCUGGAAAAAGUUGGUCCAAUAUACCAAUUCAAAUAUGUCACAUAUUUUUUCCAAAAUACAAACAAAUGGAUAAUUACUGGUCACUCCCUAUAAUUCAAUGUUCUUAUAUUUUGUUAAAAAAAAACUUUUCUAUGUUUGUGUAUUAAGAACUUCUAUGCAAAUUCAAAUUAUAAUGUUUAUUGUACUGUUAUGUACUGUAAAACUGAAAACAUAAAUAAAUAAUAAAAAAAAAAAAGCAUGGUUGAAAAACAAUUCCUGAUUUUAAUUUGCUGAAUUAAAUAGAAAUCUUAAUUAUUAUUUAUUUGGUUGGACUCAAGAAAAUUCUUUGACCAUUGUGAGUUUUUCUUUCAGUAACCCAAGGGUACCAACAAUUUUGUCCACGUGUGUGACUCGUUGGUCUAUUCUGGCCACAAAAACCCCAAAGUCAUUGAGCCAGAACUCAUUAAAGUUUUGGAACUGUUAAAGAACCAGAAGAUAUAUAUAGAUCCAACCAAAGUUCUGACCAACUGCAGCUCUUUUUACCAACCAACACAAAGGUGCUUACUAAUUUCAGGCUACUGCUGGAUAUUCAUGGAAAGGUUCAGAGGUUGUGGGCUCAUCAUCUCAGGAUCUGUUUGGCUUUAAAGGUUUCAUACAAAAGAAAAUGUCGCCUUUAACACUGGAAAACAAACUGGGUUUAACAGUAAAAUGGAUCGAACAGAUUUUCAUCCCACCUUUACUGAACCUGACUGUAUAAUCAGAAGCUGCAGACAACCCCAAUUGUAAUAUCCUGGUGUCUCAGUACAUCAACUCCACCCAUCUGGAUCCAAAUUUCAAAAGCAGCAAACAGUUAGCUGUUGAAUCUAGCAAUUUGGUCAAGGUCCAUCACCCUCAUCUGACAUGUUAAUUAGAACAACAGAAUAAAAAAGUGAAAAACAACUCUCGCCACAUUA